UGUGCGGUGCUAUUGCAUGAGCUGGAGAAACUUCGGCCGCUCGGGCUCGGUGAUGCGAUCGGUGGGAACGACGCGGACUUUGUGAUGGUGCCGGUGUUAGAGAAGAGCGAGAGCGGGAGCGGGCUGCCGGACAAUGCGCGCGCACAGAGGAUAUACAAGACUGCGGCGGAGGAAGAGGGCGUUGUCGUGCGGUACCGUGGGGGUGAGCUGGGAUGCGAGAGCUGCUUGCGGAUCACAGUGGGCAGUGCAGAAGAGAAUGUUGUCGCGCUGCGGAAGCUGGAGGAGUUGCUGAGGAAGCUAUAA